AUGGAUGAAUUCAAACGAGCUUUGGGAGAUUGUGCUUUGACCACCAUGCAUGCACAAGGACCAUAUUUCACGUGGAGGGGCAUUAGGCAUGAAGUUGAGGUCAAGGUGAGACUAGACCGCUUUGUUACUAGUAAUUCUUGGCGUGACUUGUUUCCUAAGUCUAGAGUGAUCUACUUAUCUCCCAAUGAAUCAGAUCACCCUCCCAUUCUGUUGGAGGUGAGGAACGUAAGGAAAAGGAGGAGGAAACGUAGGAAGAGGUUUCGCUUUGAGGAAUUCUGGUUAAGGGAGGAAAAUUGGAGACGAGUAGUAGAGUUGGGGUGGGAUAGUGCUACAGGGGAUAUUUCUUAUGCUAAGAUUGCGAAUAAAAUUACCAACAAACGUGAUGCCCUACUUUCUUGGAGCCAUGCACGCUUUGGGAGUUUGAAAAGGGAUAUUGAAGAUAUUAGGAAGCAAUUGGGUCAGUUCUUUGCUAGGGCUCCUUCAGCGCCUCUGUGCCAAUCCUGGUUAACACUUGAGUCCAAGUUACAUGAAUUACUCCAAAAAGAGUAG